AUGCUAACGGCGUCGUCGCCCAAGGAACCCAUGUUCUGGUCGCACCACGCACUCAUCGAUCUCCUCCACACCAUCUUCUUUGAGUGCCGCGCCAAAGGUCUCCCGAAGAACGACCCCAAAGUCUUUUCGAGCUGCUCGGUGCGCAACGGACGAGACGUUGAUCGAUACUCGGUCGUCAACAUGCUCGCUGUCGAAGACGUCCCGGGCCAGAACGUCGACGAGACGCCGGCCACCCAGGCAUGGUUUGCCGAUGUCCCUAACAAGUACUACGACCUCUCGGACGUGACGCAGCUCGGCAAGUUCAGCUACAACUACGAGAUGAGCGGGUUCCUCAAGGACAUGCUCACCAACUGCGACAACGUCGUCACCAACAACCGCGAAGACGCCGUCAUCUUUUCGUUGCUGAACGACGGCCGCUCACGACAGCAAGGUGGCGAUCAACCGUUUUCGUCUCAUGGAGGCUCUUGCCAAGCGCUGCGCGAAGCGACUACGCAAUUGCAUUUUCCUGUCAUUUCCACACGUUGCAGUCUUGUCCUUGAGACAGAACAAGUCAUGUUUUUGACCGGCUGUGCGAUGCAAUGUUAG